AUGAAAUUUGAGAAUCAAUUAGUGUCACGUGUGGUUGAAAAAUAUCAUCCAUUGAAACGCGAAAAAGAACGGUUAGAAUUUUUAAGUUCUUUGAAAAGUAAACAGUGUCAAAUUACUAUGCAUAUUAAGCAGAUUAUUAUACAAGGCUUCAAGUCUUAUAAAGAACAAAUUAUUAUUGAACCCUUUAGUCCUAGGCAUAAUGUUGUUGUUGGUAGAAAUGGAUCCGGAAAAAGUAAUUUCUUCGCUGCAAUCCGAUUCGUGUUAAGUGAUGCAUAUACAAAUAUGGGUCGCGAAGAGCGUCAGGCUCUUCUCCAUGAGGGAACCGGACCUGCUACUAUGUCUGCUUAUGUUGAAAUUAUAUUUGAUAAUAGCGACAAUCGAUUUCCUACUGGUAAAGAUGAAGUGGUUUUGCGUCGUACCAUAGGGUUGAAAAAAGAUGAAUAUUCAUUAGAUAAGAAAAGUGCAACAAAAACAGAUGUAAUGAAUUUACUGGAAAGUGCUGGUUUUUCACGUUCAAAUCCUUAUUACAUUGUUCCACAAGGGAGGAUUACUGCAUUGACAAAUGCGAAAGAUCCAGAACGAUUACAAUUAUUAAAAGAAGUUGCUGGUACUCGUGUAUAUGAGCAGCGCAGAGGAGAAAGUAUGAAGAUUAUUGAAGAAACUGAUUCCAAGCGAUCUAAGAUUGAAGAACUUCUAAGAUACAUUGAGGAACGUCUUGAGGAACUUGAAGAAGAGAAAGAAGAAUUAAAAAACUUUCAAGAUAUGGAUCGUGAGAGAAGAUGUUUAGAAUAUGCAAUAUAUCAUCGUGAACAAUUAGAUUUAAGGCGACAACUGGAUGAGAUGGACGAAUUACGUGAAAAAGGAGUACAUGGCUCAAAUAAACAAAAUAAACUAUUCAAAGAUGAUGCGGAAAGAAUCACCAAAAUUGAACUCGAAAUUGCAGAACUCAUUGGAAAAAUUGAUCUUCUUAAUGUUGAGAAAAGGGAACUUGAUGAGGAUAUGCAAGAACAAAUUAAGGCUCAUGCCCAAAUAGAAUUGGCUUUAAAAGAUAUGGAAGAUACAGCUAAACAAAAUAAAGAGACAAAGAGAAGAAGAGAAUAUGAGCUUAAAAAUAUAGAGAUGAAUAUUCGACAAAAAGAAGCAGAACUAGAGCAAGUAAUACCAGCUUAUGUUAAUGAGGUUAAUCAGGAAACUCAAUUAAAAGAAGAACUGGAAGACGCCGAACUGAAACGCCAAGCUCUUUACGCUAAACAAGGGCGUAGCUCUCAAUUUAGAAAUCGUACAGAACGAGACGCGUGGCUAGGAUCGGAAAUACAGGAGAUUGAUCAAACAAUGACUACCCAGCAACAACAGGCUAAUUAUUUGGAGUCUCAAAUAAAUGACUUAACAAAAAACAUUGAAAGAGUUUCUGAGGAAAUUCUAAAUACUCGUAAUAAGUUAGAACAGCGAAAAGUGAACCUAGAAGAAAUGAAUAAUCAAUAUAGUGAAUUGAAAGCCCAAAGGGAUAAAUUAACAGAUCAACGAAAGGAGCUAUGGAGAGAAGACGCACAGUUAGAUACAAAAAUAAUAAAUGCUCGUGAACAGUGGAAGAGCAACGAGAGAGCUUUGGCUAGUACUAUGGACAAGAAAACAAACAAUGGUUUGAAUACUGUAAGAAGAAUAGUUGAACAAUAUCAUAUAAAAGGCGUGUUUGGACCGCUUUAUGAAUUGAUUGAUUGUACAGAUCCAAACAAGUGGACGGCGGUAGAAGUCACAGCUGGACAAAGUUUAUUUCAUGUAGUUGUGGACACAGAUGAUACUACAACUAAAAUUUUAGAAUCAUUAAAUCGCGAAAAGAAUGGACGCGUCACAUUUAUGCCUUUAAAUCGUUUGAGAACGAAAUCUUUAAAAUACCCGGAACCAAACGAUAAAAUGAUACCUAUGAUGGAAGUUCUCAAAUUUGAUAAGACAUAUGAGAAAGCAGUCGAUCAGGUAUUUGGUCGGUCAGUUAUAUGUGUUGACUUAAAUGUCGCGGCGACUUUAGCAAAAUCUCAUGACCUGGAUGGAAUUACGCUAGAUGGUGAUCGUGUAGACCGAAAGGGAGCUCUUACUGGUGGUUAUCUUGAUGUUCGUCGCAGACGUUUGGAAGCCGCUACAAAUUUGAAAAGAUGGAGGAAAGAAUACCAAGAGCUUGAUAAUCAUCAACAGAUUACUCAAAUAUUGAGUCAAAUGCAACUCAUUGAAGCCAGACGCCGACAAGCUCAGGAUAGUAGGGAUCCUCUAUUGUUCAACCUCAAUUCAAAAAUGAAAGAGGAGGCAAAUUUGAAAGAGUCUAAAAUUGGAAAAGAAAGGUCUCUUUUAAAUCUUUAUAGUAAUAUCAAGAUGCUCAAAACACAGAAGGAAGCGCAUCAGACGGAAAUGAUCACGGAACUUACCCAGACCUUAACUCCACAAGAACACAGGAAACUCGAAGAGUUAAAUACAAAUAUUGAACAAAUGCGAGAAAGGUUAUCACGCUUUUCUACUUCAAGAUCUGAGCUUGAGGCAAGUAAAAACGUGUUUGAAAAUGAACUGAAUGCAAAUUUGAAAAGAAGACGUGAAGAACUCUUGAUUCAAGUUGAGAGUUUGACCACCAUUGAUGAUGAUCAAAUACAUAGCACUAAAGACGAACUAGAAAAACUAAUUCAAGAUAUGUCGGAACGAGCUGAGGAAAUUGAGAUGGAACUAAAGGAAUUUUCCGCUUUCCAGAGUGAAAAGAGUUCCGAGUUAGAAAAGCUAAAAACUGAACAAAUUGAACGUCAGCAAACACUUGAACGACAACAAAAGAAUGUUGAUAAAUUCCUUUCAAAAAGAAAAUUAAUAUUACAAAAGAAGGAGGAGUGUACAAAAAAUAUUCGGGAACUUGGUGCAUUACCAGACGAAGCAUUCAAAAAAUACGAAAACACUGAUCCCACCAAGUUAUUGAAAUUAUUGCAUAAAGUUAACGAAGAACUUAAGAAAUACAGUCACGUUAAUAAAAAAGCUUUUGAACAAUACAAUAGUUUCACCAAACAGAGAGAUACUCUCUCUAGGAGGAAGGACGAAUUGGAUCAAUCCAAGAGGGCAAUUAGUGAAUUGAUUACUGUAUUGGAUCAACGAAAAGAUGAGGCGAUUGAACGUACUUUUAAACAGGUGGCGAAAUACUUUUCCGAAGUUUUUGAGAAAUUAGUGUCCGCCGGGCGUGGACAAUUAAUUAUGCAAAGAAGAAUUGAUAGGGAUUCGGAAGAGGAAGAUGAUGACAAUGAUAACGAAGGAUCUGUUGUAGAUAGCUAUACAGGUGUUGCAAUAAAGGUCUCGUUUAAUAGUAAAACUGACGAAGGGUUACGUAUGCAACAAUUAUCGGGAGGUCAAAAGUCGUUAGUUGCUCUUACACUAAUAUUUGCAAUUCAACAAUGUGAUCCAGCGCCCUUUUAUUUAUUCGAUGAAAUUGAUGCUGCUCUUGACGCACAAUAUCGUACUGCUGUUGCAUCAAUGAUACAUGAAUUAUGCGAGAAUGGACAAUUCAUUACAACUACCUUUCGACCGGAAAUGUUAGCUAACGCCGAUAAAUUUUAUGGGGUGACAUUUUCAAAUAAAGUGUCACGUAUUAGUGCUAUAAGCAAAGAUGAUGCACUUAAUUUCAUCACACAGGAACAACCGCAAUAA